AUGAUGCCCUCUCUGGAGAAACGCAGGAGCUGCCCGCCCGAGCCCUCGCCACCGGCCCCGGAGGGCGCCAGGGCACCGUGCGCGGAGGAAAGGUCCGGCCACGGCCAGGCGGACGGCGCAGGACAGUACGGUGUGAGCUAUCGGUGUCUUUUGCGGCAAAACCAAGUACUGCUCACUGCCCUGGAGGAGCUGCAGUCGCGCUGUUCCAGCCUGAAGAAGGAGAACAGCCUGCUGCGCAAGAGUUGCUUCCCGGAGACACAGGAGAAAGUGAAGCACCUGAAAAGGAAAAAUGCCGAGCUGGCUGUCAUAGCCAAGCGCCUGGAAGAGAGAGCCAGGAAGCUGCAGGAGGCAAACCUGAGAGUGGUAAAUGCACCGGUGGCCGUGAAGGGCUCCUGUGCGGGGCUCUGCAAGAAGGCACUGGCCCGCCAGCGCGUGACAGACUUGAGAGAGCAGGCCAGCGCACUCCUGGCGAAAGACAAGCAGAUCAUUGCCCUGCAGCAGGCAUGCAGGAUCUUCGGAGCUUUCCUUUUACUUCCGUUCUAGGAUGGUCGGCCUUGCCUCCCUCUCCCGGACUUCCACCGUCUGCUCCGGGAAUCUCAGAAGGAGGUGUUGCGCCUGCAGAGGCAGAUUGCGCUGAAGAAUUUCAGGGCCUCUCGAAGUUCCGGGAUCCGGGAUCCAGGUGAAAUUUCCUCAGCUGCCAAGACGUCGUUGGCGUUGCCUGAGACACCCGGGCCCUCUUGCCCUGGGGGCUUUCCUCCCUCAAGCCAGCUGCAGCAGGGAGAAGAAUUGCCCUUGGCCUCGGAAGCAACCUGCAAGACAGGCCCAGGAGCACCGGCGUGUGAUGGAGAGGAGACCCCCCCUCUCACGAAGGUGAUUGCUGCUUCCCCUGAGAUCAAACAGCAAAUCCAGCAGCUGGAGUCUGAGCUCAGGAAGAAGCGGAAACAGUGCGAAAACCUUGAACAUGAAGUGAGGAAGAAGCACAAAAGAUACGCGGAACUUGAAAUUCAGCUGCAGGAAGUGCGGAGCGAUAAUGCCCAGUUGUCUGAGGAGAACGCUGUGCUUCAUAGGCAAGUGGAAUGGACAGAGAAGAUUGAGUCUGAAAAUGCUGACCUGAGGCUGCGGGUGGCCGUGGUGACGGAGGAACGGGAUUCAGCUCUCCAGAAAUCUCAGGAGCUCCAAAACAGGCUGGAGAGUCUUGGGCAGGCGUUGAAGCACAUGAGAGAUGUCGCAGAACGAAGGCAGCACCUGGAGCUGGAGCACGAGAAGGCCCUGCAGAACUUGCAGAAGAAGCAGGAUGAAGUUCGACAACUCCAGCAGGCCCAGGCUGAAGCGCGGAAGGAGCAUGAAGGAGCAGUGCAGCUCUUAGAGAGUACCUUGGAUUGCAUGCAGGACCGUGUGAAAGAGCUGGAGGAUCAGUGCCGGAGCCACACAGAACAGUUUAACUUCCUCUCUCAAGAGCUCCGGCGUUUUCAGCUGCAAACUGGGAAAAGCGGCCGUCGCUCGACCUCUCCCUCGGUGGCUUCUGAGGUCCCCUUCACUGCCAGCCCGGCGUCUCCACAGCUCCCAGAUGGCCGCAGAGAGAGAGAUCCAGAGAUUGUCCCUGUGGCUCCACAGUGCAGCAGGAAGGGUCACAAGGAAGGGUCAGAGGAAUUCUCUCCUUUGGCACCUCGACAUGCCGAUCCUUUGGUACCCGCAGUCUCCAGAAGUCCGGACUCGACCACCCCUCCCGUUGCCUCAAAGAAGUUGGUCAGGAAGCCCGAUCCCCAGUCCAGCUCCUCGAAAUCGGAGUCCGUGCACAACAGUUCCAAAUCCUGCGCCACCCCCGAGUUGGACACGGCCAGCGAGAUGGAAGAGCUGGACAUCGAUAGCGUCUCGCUGAUUCCGGAGCUGGAGCACCAGAGUCCAGUGAAGCUCCAUGUCUUUCUAGUGCGAUACAGCUACAACCCUUUUGACGGUCCCAACGAGAACCCCGAGGCUGAGCUCCCACUGACGGCUGGCGAGUACAUUUAUAUUUAUGGAGAAAUGGAUGAAGACGGCUUCUUUGAAGGAGAGCUGAUGGAUGGCCGGAGAGGCCUGGUCCCUUCCAACUUUGUGGAACGCGUCUCAGACGAAGACCUGGUCACCUUCCUGCCUCAGGAGCUCAACGACCUGUCUCAAAGUUCCCCCCUCGAGCGAAGUUUCCUCAGCACAAGCAUCAGCAGCGGGGAGAGAAGCAAUUAUUCGGCUGAGGAGCUCAGCGCCAGCACAGCGCCGUCCAGACUAGAAGGGGACCGGGAAGAGCUUGGCGAUCCCACGGCAGUGCCUUACCCCAGGAAGGUGACGCUCAUCAAACAGUUCGGCAGCUGCAUCCUGGUUGGCUGGGAGCCUCCCCUUCUGCCCGCCGGCUGCCCAAAUGUCCAAGGCUACAACGUCUACGUAGACACAGAGCUUUGGCAAAGCACGAAGGCCGGGUCCCCAACGAAAGCCAUGCUGGAGAAGCUGGACUUGAAGUCAAAAGUCUACCGCAUCUCGGUGCAAAGCGUCUCGGAGAAAGGGAGCUCAGAUCAGCUGCGGUGCACGUUUCUGGUGGGGCACGGCGCCACCUGGGCCCCCGCGCAGCUCCAGAUAUGGAAUCUCGCGGCCACCUCGGCAGAGAUCUCCUGGCUGCCGAGCAACAGCAACUUCUUGCACGCCAUAUCCCUCAACGGGGAAGAGCGCGACACAACAAAGGCGGGGGUCUACUGGUACGCCUUCCGCAAUUUGAACCCGAGCACUUCCUACGUUGCCAGGGUGGAGGUCCAGCUUCCGGGAGCUCUCUGGGAACUGACUCAAGAGAGGCAGGAACAGCCAUUGUGGGCAGAGAUCCACUUCGUAACGACUUCAGCGGGGUCUCCAGAUGCCCCGCUGGACGUCCGAGUGGAACCGGGUCCCUCCGCUGGGAUUCUGGCCAUCAGCUGGUUGCCAGUCACCAUUGAUGCGGAAGGAUCAUCCAAUGGGGUGCGAGUCACUGGCUAUGCCGUGUAUGCCGACAGACAGAAGGUGAUGGAAGUUACCUCCCCAACAGCUGGCAGUGUCUUGGUAGACGUUUCUCAGCUGCAGAUCCUCCAGGUGUGCCGGGAGGUGUCUGUAAGGACCGUGUCACUUUACGGAGAGUCAGCAGAUUCGGUACCCGCUCAGAUCCCGUCGGCCUUGUUAGGAGAUGUUGGCCGGUCCUCUCCAUCCAUGGCCACCUGUCUCACCUCUCAGCUUCCACGUGGGGAGAACGAGGCUCCUCUCACCCCGCAGACCUCCCAGGAACACCGUGCAGACCCUUCUUCCAGUGCUGAUAAUCCUGUUGCCAAAUUCACCUCCCAGCCUAAAGCCGACAGUGAGGAUUCCGUGAAUUCUCCAGUCGCGGAGACGUCCCCAAGCAGGCGUUCCGUUCCCACCAGGCUGCCUUCGACUCACAUUCCGCAGGCACCAACGAGAGAAUCGGGAACCACGCCAGGAGAAGAAGGGGAGUCCCUUGUGCCAUCUGUAAAAAGCGUAGCAGCAGAAUAUCCAGCUAAGCCCAGGAAGGAACCUGGAGAAGACAACCAGGAGCACCUCCUUGUAGCCGGAGAACUGAAGCCAGAGAGGCCAGGCAGUGGCGCCGGCAACCUGGAGGCCUGCAAAGCCUGCUCUGUAGAACAAGGGUCAAAAGAGACGUCACUUGAAAGUGGGCCUGAAGACCCUCCGAGCUGCCUGAGCUCCAAGGUGCCGGGCCCCGGCGAACACGCCACGCAGAGAGAGGAUCGCUCCGGAGACGUGGGCCAAAGUGACAAGCAAGGCUCGGAACUCUCCUCCGGGACUUUGGGGAGGAAGCUGUUGAAAGAAAUCUCCAGGGACGACCCCACACUGACCGUGCCUCGGCUGGACCCGGGCGACACUGAUAGCGACGAGGAGAUCCUGGAACGGAUUCUGGAGAUGCCGUUGCAAAAGAAAUGCAGCAAAGCCCUUUUCAGCAUCCCAGAAGUGACCGAAGAAGAGGAGGAGGAAGACUGGGAGCAUGUGCCGAGGAAGAACCUCUCGUCCUCUCCACAGGCCGCGGAUUGCCUCCCGGAGAGGCCGCCACCGUACGAUACCAGAAGGAUGAAGCCUCUUCCUCCCAUGAGCUCCCAACAGGGGUGUUUGCCAAAAAGAAAUCAGUCUCUGCCGGACCAGAUCUUGGUGGAAAGAGACCUGCCUCAGAAGCUCAGAGGAGAAGAUCACGUUAAUGAAGAUAAUGUUAACGAAGCACCAUUUUGCCCUGAAAUAUCCAGCAGGUGGAAUUGGGAGAGUCAAGAGAAGAGACUGAGGUCUACUGGAAUAGGAAGAACCUCCCAGUGGAAGAAACCUAGUCGAUAUAAAGAAAAGACCCACAGCCAAGCCCCAGCAAACCGGACGAGAAAGGGAGAUGUCCAAGAGCAUAGGUGCUCCUUGUUGGGCAGUUCCCACCAAACUGGGGGAGGUGGCCUGUACCGUACCCAGAGCCUGAAGGAGAAUUUGGAUGUGAUAACCAGCCUGGGUCUGGAGGAGUCGUCGGAUCUAUACAGUUGGGCAAGGCCAAGGACCUACCAAGCAUCUCCAAGGAGGACGGUGGCCCAUGAGGUAGGGGAAGGCGGCCUCCGAGGCCUACCCCUUUGUGUCAGCCCGGAAAGUUUGGAAAUUGACAUUGAAUACGACUCUGAAGAUGACCAAGAUCUGACCAUGACAUCCACCCCGGUGAGCCAGCUGAGUUCAGACGGGCGAGCUGACGGGUCUCCCACAGACUGUGAGGACGGCUGGAGCGACUGCUCCAGUCAGUCGGAGUCUAUCCGGUCCAGCGGCCCCAGAGAGCUGAAGAGAAGCAACAGCUGGGAGGAUGAGAGCAUGGAGUGGAUCGGGUCCCCAAGCCGCUCCCCUGGGCCUCGCUACUGGGGGAAGAGGGCCUUGUUUGGCUCAGAGGAACGGAGCCGGAGCCUGGAGCGAAACCCCUCUCUCUGGAGAGCCAUGCCUGAGCGCCACUGGAAGGGGGGGUCAUAUGUGUCGGCGCAAACACGGGUCCGAUCUUGGAGGAGUCCCCCGUCUGAACCAAUGGAUGACGGGGACUCCGUGCGGCUGUUUGUGGCCCUCUUUGACUACGACCCGGUUUCAAUGUCUCCGAAUCCGGAUGCUGCUGAAGAGGAACUCCCAUUCCAGGAGGGCCAGAUCCUAAAGGUCUACGGCCACAAGGAUGCGGAUGGCUUCUACAGGGGAGAAUGUGCCGGGAGAGUGGGGUACAUCCCGUGCAACAUGGUCUCCGAGGUCCAGGUGGACAGCGACGCUUCCCGGAAGCAGCUCUUACAGGAUGGUCACAUUCCUGCCCGCAUGCUGAUGGGAAACCUAGAGAGAAACAGGGAUCUCAGCUCUGAGGAUGACACUCCAAGGACAAUGGUGGCCAUCUUUGACUACAGUCCCAAGGAGAGUUCUCCCAAUGUGGACAUGAGGGCUGAGCUAAAAUUUUGCACUGGGGACAUUGUGAUCGUAGUUGGUUCCAUGGGUGACAACAGGUUCUAUUUUGGGGAGGUCAAGGGGCGGAAGGGGCUCGUGCCGUCCAACUUCCUGGAAGCCGUGCCGUCCGACGGUCUGCUGCCUGGCGAGCCAAGGCUUGGAAGGCAGAGAACGAGGAAAAGAAGAGUCCAGUGACAGGCGUGACAGACAUCCAGAGAGGGGAGACCAAGAGCGACGGAGGGAAAUGAUCGGCAUUCACUAGGUUGUGGAGAUCAGCUGGGAGGUUUCACUGCCUCACGUCCUCUCGGCCUAGUCAGGGCAUGUGUCCCUCAGGACCCCUCAACCCCAAGCCCUUUGGGGAAGACGAUGAGGUGCUUCUUCUUAAGGACACGAAUAAGAAGGUACAGACGAUGGUGCUCAG